AUGCAACGCCUAAAGUGUCACCCCGCCCGCUGGGGACAUCCUAUCCCUGACAAGCUGACCUACGUUCAGGGUGCGUUGCUCGAGCCACUGAGCGUCGUCUUGCGUGCGCUCGAACUUUUCCGGAUCUCUCUUGGCUCUCCCGUUUUGAUCCAUGGAGCCGGUCCAAUUGGCCUCAUUACUCUUGCUGCCGCGCGAGCAAGUGGUGCUCACCCUCUUGUCAUUACCCAUCUCGAGCCUAGAAGACUGGAUUUUGCCCGUCGCUUUGUCCCUGGCUGCCAAACAUACCUCACCCAGCGAAAUUUAGAUGCCCAAGGCAACGCCAACGGCAUCCGAGCUGUGUUUGGGGUGGGCGUUCGCGACCAGAAAACAGGAUCUUCAAAGAACGAAACUGCUGCUCCAUCCACCGUACUGGAGUGCACUGGUGUAGAGAGCAGUAUUGUGACAGCAGCCUAUGCCUGCCGAAGAGCGGGCACGCUUGUCAUCGUUGGCGUCGGCAAGUCAGUCAUGAAUAACUUCCCAUUUAUGCAUUUGAGCUUGGCUGAGGUAAUUGUGACAUCCUUCCCCAUUGCUCCAUCCCGUUCUCAGUUUCGGACACUGACUCCUUUCCUCGUGUAUUCAUGUGCCUCUUACUACACAUGCCAAAAGCCUACCCUGACUGGACAUGUUUUCUUAACUAGAUCCAACUCCGAUUCAUGA